AGACAAUAAUAAAAUUAAAUGCUAAUAAAAAUUAAUCAAAUUUUGAAUCCAUAGAACAAAAAUAUUUUGGUUGAAUCGAAAAGUAGAUGUUAUCAGAUAUACCUGAAUAAUAACUAAAUAAACGAGAUAUCAUAUAUCCAAAAUCAUACGUCUAAUUGAAAUAACAUAAUCUUAUUUAAACAAUUUAUGCAUAUUAAUUACAAUGUAAAUUACAAAAUAAGUAAAAUUAAAUUAUAUAAUCUAACAAUACUAAAAUGGAGAUAUGCUCAAUGGAGAGGGAUGCCAUCUCAGAUUAAAAAAUCAACCAAUCACAAUACAAUAUUUCAUAUCCACUUGCCAUGUCACAUGUAAGAAAAUGGGCCAACGUUUUCUGCAACAAAUUAUUAUGGGCUAAUAAUAUUAUAAUUGGGUCACUUUAAAACCAAAACCAAAACCAAAACCAUCUCCUCCUUCCCUUCAUCAUGUUGCCUCUUUAGCAUCUAAAAAUCAGACGUUGCUGUAACUCUUUCUUUCCAUGUGGUUAAUUCACCUCCACAUUACUACGCAUUAAACUCAAUCUUUUAUUUCCAAUUUUUACGUUAUCGUUCCAACUCCCCCAAUUUCUCUCAUUCUAUUGUCUGAUGCUACAGGAUCACUCACCACAAAUACACUAUUGGCUUCGGUCACAUCUUAAUCUUAUUUGAUUUUUUUUGUUCUUAUCGUUUUUGUUUUUGUUCUUGCUUAUGUGUAGUUGUAAUCCAAAUUAUUUAGAAUGAUCUAUAUAGUAUGUUUAUUUCACAUGAAUAUGUUCUGUUUUCGACAUGCACUUCUCCGACAAAAGAUUCAUGGUAUCUCGGUCCAAUAGGCAAUAUCAUUUACAACAACAAAAAUACAGCCAUAUUUAAUUAUGAAUGUGUGGUUGAGAGUUGCGAAACUGACUGGACAAAGCCUAUUCCAAGUAUCUUGAGGCUUUCUAGCUCCCUUACAUUAUCGUCCCUUUCCUUUCUCGCAAUAAUUGAUAAGUUUGUGAAGAGAUAUGGGAAGACAAAGCUGGAGCGGGCAAUAGAGUUGUUUGAACAUGCUGUUUCCAUGGCUCCAUCAGAUGAUGUAUGUCAGAACCUUAUACCUUCAGUAUGCCAAGCUGAAAGAGGAUUAUGGUCUGGCCAAACAAGCUAUGAAAGUUUAUGAAGAAGCCACCAAAAAAGUUCCAGAAUGCCAGAGGGUAGAGAUGUGUGAUAUCUAUAUUUUCCGUGCAGCAGAGAUAUUUGGUGAUCGUGUGUGCAGUCUACAAGUACGUCUCUCACUAUGCUGAUCCAAGGUCCGACCCAUAAUUCAGUAAGCGAUGAUGCUGCCAUGUUUAUGUUCAAUAACUUACGUUCCUGUAAAUGAUAAUGACUAAUUUUGGGAUUUGACAUAUUCAUAAAUCAUAAUUAAAUUUGAAGAAUAUAGCAUGUUGUUUUUAGUAGUAUAUGGGAGUCUAGAUGAGCAUUAGUUAUGUGAAAAUGUAAAUAUUUGACUCUGAUCUAAUUGAAUGUGCCUUCUUUAAAAUUUAUUAUAAAAUUUAGAUUGGCAUAUAUGUGUUUGGGGUUGGUUAAUAUAUGAGAGGAAGAAGUUGGUUUGGAAGUUUCAGUUACACCAAGUGGCACGGUUCUUAGGUGCAACGUGGGAAAGAACGCAUCAAGAAAAGCGUCUCUGUAGGUUACAAUCAGACUCAUUUCAUUCUGCUAGAGAACAUAUGCAAAAAAAAGACGAGAUGGAAGAUGUGGAGGAAGUAAAGUACUAGCUGAAUAAAGCAGGUUAGCCAAAAGAUAAAAUGGUAGCUUUGAAGAGACAGAUCAUGUCUACCACAAUUACAUCAAAAGAUGGUGCAAGAAAACUGGGGUUUGUGAGCCGGCGACAGGGAAUGUGGAAGGUACUGAGCUUCCUGAAGAAUGUGAUGAUGAACUUUUGGAGAAGACAAAGUAUAGAUCGCUCAUGAAGAAGUCCAUGAUGCUGUGGUUAGAGGAUCUGCAAGAAAGAGAGAGGAAGACGGUAAAGAAGGCAUUAAAAAUGGUAGCCAAGCCUUUGGAUGCGCUAAAGAGGACAAAUAGACACAAACUAGCUCAGUGAGUAAAUCAUGUUGACAAUUCCUUGUGAUACAGUUUAGAAUUGUAAUAUGCAGAACAUGAUCGUAUUAUUAUCGUAAAAACUAUGUUUUGUCUCAAUUCCACCAUGUUAGUUUAUUGUAGAGUUCUUUGUACUAUUUCCAUUACUUGGCCUUUAAACGGAAUGUGCAAGAUAAAAAAAAGUUGAUGAGCUU